AGAUGGGGGCAGGUCCUAGGCAGGGCAAGAAAUUGCACGGGAGUUUAGUUAUAAAAUGUGGGCUUCUGCUGUUGCAGCCUCCACUCCACCUGCUUUGAAGUACAAGCUUCAGGUCUUUGCUGAGUCUGCAGCAGGAGCUGCCGGCGUCGCCUGGGCUUAAACUACUAGGCAGUCUUUCUGCUCCCUCCCAUUUCUCCCCACCAGCGUCCCGCCCCUCGGGCCAGAGUGUCGCCGGGUCGCCCCGCUGGAGUCGCUUGUUCUGAAGACUGGAUGGUACUUGCCCUCCAGUCCCUGUGAACUUGGGGGAGGCUGCUGAGCACCCGUACCUGCUGAAGCCUCAGCUUCCAGAGCCUCCAGCAUGCGCGUGUGGGCCCCCGUGGGCGUCCUGGCCUCGUUGGCUUACUGUUUCCACCAGCGGCGGGUGGCUCUGGCCGAGCAUCGGGUGCCUGAUAGCCAGUGUCCAGUGGACCGCAGCCUACUGGAACUGAAAAUGGUGCAGGUUGUGUUUCGACACGGGGCACGGAGUCCGCUCAAGCCGCUCCCGCUGGAGGAACAGGUGGAGUGGAACCCCAAGCUUUUAGAGAUCCCACCUCAAACGCAGUUUGAUAUCACCGUCACCGAUCUAGCUGGUGGCCCGAAACCUCAUUCUCCUUAUGACUCUGAAUAUCACAAGACCACCUUGAAGGGUGGCGUGUUUGCCGGGCAGCUGACCAAGGUGGGCAUGCAGCAGAUGUUUGAUCUGGGAGAGAGGCUGAGGAAGAACUAUAUGGAAGAUGUCCCCUUCCUUUCCCCCGUCUUCAACCCGCAAGAGGUCUUUGUCCGCUCCACCAACAUAUUCCGGAAUCUGGAGUCUACUCGGUGUUUGCUGGCUGGGCUUUUCCAACAUCAGAAAGGAUCGGUCGUCAUCCACACCGAUGAGGCGAGCUCCGAAGUCCUGUAUCCCAACUAUCAGAACUGCUGGGGCCUGAGAGAGAAGACCAGAAGCCGGAAGAAGACUGCCAAUUUGCAGCCAGGGAUCUCCGAGGAUUUGGAAAAGGUGAAGGCAGGUGUGGGCAUCAGCAGUGGUGACAAAGUGGACUUCUUUCUACUCCUGGACAAUGUGGCUGCCGAGCAGGUGCACAGCCUCUGUAGCUGCCCAGCGCUGAAGAGGUUUGCCCAGAUGAUCGAGCAGAGAGCCGUGGACACAGCCUUGUAUGUGCUGCAUCAGGAAGACAGGGAAAGUAUCCAGAUGGCAGUGGGCCCAUUCCUACACAUCCUGGAGGGGAACUUGCUUAGAGCUGUGGACCCCACGACCCCACCCAGCAAGACCAGAAAGAUGUACCUGUAUGCCACUCAUGAUGUCACCCUCAUGCCUAUCCUAAUGGCCUUGGGGAUUUUUGACCGCAAAUGGCCUUCAUUUGCUGUUGACCUGACCAUGGAACUCUACCAGCACCAGAAAUCUAAGGAGUGGUUUGUGCAGCUCUAUUACCAUGGAGAGGAGCAAGUGCCAAGAGGCUGCCCAGACAAGCUCUGCCCACUGGACAAGUUCUUGACCGCCAUGUCAGCUUAUGCUUUAAGCCCAGAAAAAUACCACACACUCUGCUCCCAAGCACGGACAGUGGAACUCAGAGAGUGACAUGUUUACACAGACAAGUCUGAAACCACCUGUGCCUGGUGCCCCAUGGAAGGCAGAAAGUGUUGGAUCUCCUGGAACUAGAGUUGGAGAUGGUUGUGAACUGCCAUGUGAUCUUCUGGAAGAACAGCCAGUGCUCUGAACUGCUGAGCCAUCUCUCCACCUGCAUGACAUGAUUUCUAAGAGCGUUGGUGUGAACCUGGGGAACUGUGAGCUUUGGGACUUGACGCUCUUUUCUUCUGUCAGCUUUACUCAGGCUCUUAUUGUGGCUAUCAGAAAGGUGGCUGCUUCUGCCUUUAAGUUGUUGCAAUUCAGUGAGAGACAAAUAUCAAUAAAUCAAUGG